AUGGAGCAGCGGGUGAUGGAGCAGCGGGUGAUGGAGCAGCGGGUGAUGGAGGAGCAGCGGGUGAUGGAGCAGCGGGUGAUGGAGCAGCGGGUGAUGGAGGAGCAGCGGGUGAUGGAGCAGUGGGUGAUGGAGGAGCGGGUGAUGGAGCAGUGGGUGAUGGAGGAGCGGGUGAUGGAGCAGUGGGUGAUGGAGGAGCGGGUGAUGGAGCAGUGGGUGAUGGAGGAGCGGGUGAUGGAGCAGUGGGUGAUGGAGCGGGUGAUGGAGCAGUGGGUGAUGGAGGAGCGGGUGAUGGAGGAGAGGGUGAUGGAGGAGUGGGUGAUGGAGGAGUGGGUGAUGGAGGAGCAGCGGGUGAUGGAGGAGCAGCGGGUGAUGGAGCAGCGGGUGAUGGAGGAGCAGCGGGUGAUGGAGCAGCGGGUGAUGGAGGAGCAGCGGGUGACGGAGCAAGCCCUCAACUUGGGGGCGGGCGGUGGGGGCUUCCACUGGCCAGCCUUGCUAGCGAGGUCCUGCUCUCACGACAGAUCAAAGGCGGCCGGCAAGAGGCCCCCAAGCCUAUGCCAGGCCUCAGAGGUGGCCUUCCGCAGCCAGUGUGCCCCACGAGGCCACCGCCUAGCCGGGGCUCCCACACAAGCCAGUUUAGCCAUGGCCCCGGGGAAGCCCAGCUCCUACACGCCCUGGCUCAGCAGCCUUGUGAAGCUGGGGAUUCACUGUGUCACGUGCCAGAAAGUGGCCAUCAAAAUCGUCAACCGCGAGAAGCUCAGCGAGUCGGUGCUGAUGAAGGUGGAGCGGGAGAUCGCCAUCCUGAAGCUCAUCGAACACCCCCACGUCCUGAAGCUGCAUGACGUCUAUGAAAACAAAAAAUAUUUAUACCUGGUGCUAGAGCACGUGUCUGGGGGAGAGCUGUUCGACUACCUGGUGAAGAAGGGGAGGCUGACCCCCAAGGAGGCCCGCAAGUUCUUCCGGCAGAUCAUCUCGGCUCUGGACUUCUGCCACAGCCACUCCAUAUGCUGGCCUGCCCUGUCCCCCUUGGGUGACGGGCUGCCUGUAGCCCCAGCCCUGCCCCAGAUCCCCGGAGAGAAGUACGAUGGCCGCAAGGCGGAUGUGUGGAGCUGUGGAGUUAUCCUGUUUGCCUUGCUGGUGGGGGCGCUGCCUUUCGAUGACGACAACCUGCGGCAGCUGCUGGAGAAGGUCAAGCGCGGCGUGUUCCACAUGCCCCACUUCAUCCCGCCCGACUGCCAGAGUCUGCUGCGCGGCAUGAUCGAGGUGGACGCCGCGCGGCGCCUCACGCUAGAACACAUUCAGAAACACAUAUGGUAUAUAGGGGGCAAGAACGAGCCCGAGCCGGAGCAGCCCAUCCCCCGAAAGGUGCAGAUCCGCUCGCUGCCCAGCCUGGAGGACAUCGACCCGGACGUGCUGGACAGCAUGCACUCUCUGGGCUGCUUCCGAGACCGUAACAAGCUUCUCCAGGACCUGCUGUCGGAGGAGGAGAACCAGGAAAAGAUGAUCUACUUCCUCCUCCUGGACCGGAAAGAAAGGUACCCGAGCCACGAGGAUGAGGACCUCCCCCCCAGGAACGAGAUAGACCCUCCCCGGAAGCGCGUCGACUCCCCAAUGCUGAACCGACAUGGCAAGAGGAGACCCGAGCGCAAGUCCAUGGAGGUGCUCAGCGUGACCGACGGGGGCUCCCCGGUGCCUGCACGGAGGGCCAUCGAGAUGGCCCAGCAUGGCCAGAGGUCCCGGUCCAUCAGCGGCGCCUCCUCUGGCCUCUCCACGAGUCCGCUCAGCAGCCCCCGGGUGACCCCUCACCCCUCACCAAGGGGUAGUCCCCUCCCCACCCCCAAGGGGACGCCCGUCCACACGCCAAAGGAGAGCCCAGCAGGCACCCCCAACCCCACGCCGCCGUCCAGCCCCAGCGUCGGAGGGGUGCCCUGGCGGACCCGGCUCAACUCUAUCAAGAACAGUUUCCUGGGCUCACCUCGCUUCCACCGCCGGAAACUGCAAGUUCCAACACCUGAGGAAAUGUCCAACCUGACCCCUGAGUCCUCUCCAGAGCUGGCCAAGAAAUCCUGGUUCGGGAACUUCAUCAACCUGGAGAAGGAGGAGCAGAUCUUUGCGGUCAUCAAGGACAAACCCCUGAGCUCCAUUAAGGCCGACAUUGUGCACGCCUUCCUCUCGAUCCCCAGCCUCAGCCACAGCGUCAUCUCCCAGACAAGCUUCCGGGCUGAGUACAAGGCGACGGGCGGGCCAGCCGUGUUCCAGAAGCCGGUCAAGUUCCAGGUGGACAUCACCUACACCGAGGGCGGCGAGGCCCAGAAGGAGAACGGCAUCUACUCGGUCACCUUCACCCUGCUCUCAGGCCCCAGCCGCCGCUUCAAGAGGGUGGUGGAGACCAUCCAGGCCCAGCUGCUGAGCACCCAUGACCAGCCCUCGGCCCAGCACUUGUCAGACACCACUAACUGUAUGGAAAUGAUGACGGGGCGGCUUUCCAAAUGUGACGAGAAGAAUGGGCAGGCGGCCCAGGCCCCCGGCACACCGGCCAAGCGGAGUGCCCCCGGCCCCUCGGGCGACUCCGUGGCCGCUGGCCCUGGAGGGGACACCGAGUACCCGAUGGGCAAGGACAUGGCCAGGAUGGGGCCGCCCGCCGCCCGCCGUGAGCAGCCUUAG